UUCGUUAAAUUUUUGGUAAUUUUUUAAAGGGGGUUACGAGUGUUGUGCAGGAACAGCUGAUUGGCAAGCACGAUUGCAGCACAAGCCAACACUGUCGGGCAGAGUUGAUUUUUUAUGCAGUAGAUUUUUCCACUCGCGAAUAAAAGGUGCGUUGCAAGGACCGUUUUGGCCCUAUUUCCAUGUGUUUCGCUACGAAAUGCCAUAGGAUUCGAACGCUUAGACGUUCAAUGUCAUCUGUUACAUUUGCUGAAAAUUAGCGGAGGCGAGCGUGAAGAGAGACCGUUGUGAGAGCGAGAGAGAGCGAGUGAGAGCAAGCAACCAAGUAACAAAAAGCGAAUAACUAAUAGCGUAAAAGCAAAUAGCAGCAAACAUCAUGAACUCGAAAGCUGACGUCAACCGACGCGUUCUGGCUAUUCAAGCGAAGAAGAAGCGCCAUAAGAAUAAUAAGAAACGCGGCAAACAAAAUGGAGCUGCUGCAGCAAACGUGCCAGAAAAUCAGCAACAGCAGCAGCAACAUAGAAGCGACGACAACUGCGCAUCGCCUGUGCCAGCAGCAACACCAGCUAGCCCAGCAGCAGCAACCGAAAAUGCUAUUCUUAGCCUCGAGGGCAAGCUUUUGAAUGCGGACGAAGCUGCAAUUCUUGCUACGUCCUUUGGCAACGUCACUGCCACUGCCUCAACGUCUAGCGGUUCGAGCAAUACGCCAGUGGUGCAAUCAAUGCCGCCACCAAAGCAAAAGAGCAACAGCUACAAUCAGCAGCCGCCGCGCAGCUCCUCCAACGAAUCUGACGAGUCCGAAAUGAACAGCGAGAACGAGGAGCAGGAGCUGAAAGAGGACUACUGCAAGGGUGGCUAUCAUCCAGUGAACAUUGGCGAUUUAUUCCAAGGUCGCUAUCAUGUCAUACGCAAGUUGGGCUGGGGCCAUUUUUCGACCGUCUGGCUUUGCUGGGAUCUGCAGGAGACGCGCUAUGUGGCAAUUAAGAUUGUCAAAUCAGCGCAGCAUUUUGCAGAGACAGCUAAGGACGAAAUUAAGAUACUCAGAACUGUGCGCGAAACGGAUCCGUCGAAUCCGCGUCGCCAGAAAACCGUACAAAUGUUAGAUGACUUUAAGAUCACGGGCGUAAAUGGCACACACAUUUGCAUGGUCUUCGAGGUGCUCGGCGACAAUCUGCUGAAGCUCAUACGCAAGUCCAAUUAUCGUGGCAUACCGCUGGAUAAUGUUAAGACCAUAACGCGCCAGGUGCUGGAGGGUUUGGACUAUCUGCAUGGCAACUGUAAGAUUAUACACACGGAUAUCAAGCCGGAGAAUGUGCUGCUCUGCGUGGACGAGCCGCAUGUGCGCUCGCUGGCCGUGGAGGCGACACAGCUCUAUUGCAUGAACUCCAAGAUGUAUCCAUCGCUGGUUAGUCGUGCGCCCAAGGAAUAUCGCGAGCAGCCCAUCACUGGCAAGAUGAGCAAGAACAAGAAGAAAAAGUUGAAGAAGAAGGCCAAGAAGCGCAUGGAGCUGUUCAAGAAGCAGCGCGACUACUUGGAGCAGACCAUUGAGGGUGAGACGGGCAAGCCGCCAGUCAAUGGUGAAGCAGCUGGCAGCAAUGAUGAGGAGUUGAAGCAAGUUGGCAAUCAUUUGGAAGCUGCGCAAAUUAAGAUUGAGCAGGACGAGCAGGAUGGCGAUGAUGAGGAAGCUGCUGAGCAGCCCAAGCAGGAGCAGGAGAUACGCGUAGGUGGCGGCGAUUCGGGGCUGCCCAAUGUGGAGAGCGCUGAUAAGACCAAAAAGAAGCGAAGGAGGAAGAACAACAAGAAUAAAACCAAUGCACAGCAAUCUCAACCGCUGCAGCAGCAGCAGCAGCAGCUGGAGAACUCAACGAGCAGCGGCGACAGCAGCAAUAGCAACAGCAACAGCGCUGCGCUUAAGAGUUGCUCCCAAACGAAUGGCAGCAGCAAUUCGGCAACAAGCACGCUUAAGGGACAAUCAAAUGGUGGCAAGAACAAGCUGCCGCCUGCACAUAAACAAUUGAACAAUAACAACUCCAACUCAAAUUCGAAGCAAAACUCGCAUAGCAGCAAUUCUAAAUUAUCGAAUAUAUCGCUGGACUUUAGCUCGUCGGCCAAUUCAGCCAAUGGCGGUCCGUACUCGGAGCCGCUGCUGCCGACACCGCCGCCGCCGCCCACAGCGAAGCAAAUACGCGCCAGCAAACGCGAUCCAGCGCUCGAGGCUUGCAAUGUGCAUGUAAAGAUUGCAGAUCUGGGCAACGCCUGCUGGGUGAAUCGUCACUUCACCGAGGACAUACAAACGCGUCAGUAUCGCUCGCUGGAGGUCAUACUGGGCGCUGGCUAUGACACCUCGGCGGACAUUUGGAGCACUGCCUGCAUGGUCUUCGAGCUGGCCACCGGCGACUAUCUGUUCGAGCCGCAUUCGGGUGAAACCUAUACGCGCGACGAGGAUCACAUUGCUCACAUCAUCGAGCUGCUGGGACCCAUACCCAGGCACAUUGUGUUCCGCGGCACCUACGCGCAGCAGACGUUCAAUCGCAACGGCGAGCUGCGCAACAUAACGGGCCUGAAGCCCUGGGGUCUCAUGGAUGUGCUGAUGGAGAAGUACGAGUGGGCCGAGCGCGAUGCCGAGCAGUUUGCGGAGUUUUUGAAGCCGAUGCUGGACUUUGAUCCGGCUACGCGCGCCACCGCCGCGGAGUGCCUGCAGCAUCCGUGGCUUAGAUAAGAUACGAUGCCCUCUGGUUGUUGGCAGCACGCCACGCAGCCAGCUGGAGCAGUUACAGCAGCAGCAGCAUUAGAAUUAGUAGCAGCAAGCGAAUCGGUCGCCACACUGGCCUCCAUAUCAUCCAUUGCCUCCACAUCCGCCUCGGCCAUGGCAGCGCUGCGUGCUCGUCCCUAUGCCAUUGCGCCCUACAUAACCAACGCCUCGGCUCCGCCCACGCCACACCAGCAGCAGAAGCCACACAACAACAGCAACAGCGCACGCACAGCGCCAGCCACGCCCACACGCUGCCGCCAACACUUGGAUGAUGAUGAUGAUGAUGCGCCAGUGUCCAGUCUUGCCAUUGCCAUGCAGCAGCAACAGUCGUCGCCAGCGUCGCCCUCACCGUCGUCGUCGGCGGCGGCGGCGGCGUCGCACUACAAGCCCCGAUCCCAGCGUUUCAUUUGGCGCAAAGCGCUGCGUCGCGUCUUCCAGCGCCGCAAGUGACGUCAGCUGCGGCGUCGCCGGCAAGAUCUGCCACGUUGGCAACAGCGUCGCUGCCGUCGUCGUACCCUAGCCGAGCGUAUGAGACGCAUCUGCUCCUGCUGUGCCUAUGGCCAGGUGCUCUGGCGCAUGGCGCGUGUGGCGCUGCUUAGCUGCAUCCAAUGGCGCACACGUGGCAACAUACGCAACCAUAAUUUUUACUUUAGAAAUCACUAAGAGCAACCAAUUACAAUAACAAAUGCAAAUGCGCUGAGCUGCACCGACAAACAAACAAAUUAUAAACAUAAACUAUUUACACUUUUCGGCAUAAUCCACACACUAUCCUACCCAGUUUUGAAACUCUCAAGUGCACACACACACUCACACACACACACACACAUGUCAAUCAAAAGUUUUAAAUGCAAAAAUCUUUCAAUUUAGUUUAUAAGGUAUAAGCAACCUAAUUUAUUCCUGUGUUUUACACUGAUUAGACAAUUUUCUAUGAAAUUAUAAGCAUACAUUGUCUUAAAAAUUAAGCAUACGGCUAUUCGAACUUUGCUACUUAUUUAUAUUAAUUUUCGUUUUGUUUACAACAAGUUUAUAUAGCUUUGGCUGAUCUCAGAUCAGUGCUACAGCCAAACACACAAAAAUAUACAUAAAACAGCAACUGAAAUUGAAACUGUUAAUUGAAACAAACAAACAAACA